UUGGCUUACAGGGACAAGGAGUCUUUGAUAGAGGAGGUGAAGGAUUUGAGGAAGGCUUUGCGAGAGCAAGCCGACUACUUCAAGGUCCACAAGGUCCAUGUCUCCACCAUCGAUCUGGAAAACAGGAUUGAAGACUCGUUUAGGCGACCUGAGAAACACGUACGAAGCACAGCUCGACGAGCUCAAUUUGCUACGCAAGGACAUCCGCGUGACGAGAACGAGAGAAAUCAAAGUGGAGCGAGAUAUCUUUGCCGAGGAGAUUGGACGGCUCCAGAGGCUGAUCGAGCACCUCAAGCUCUUGCGUGACUACGUUGUCAACGAGAACAAGAAGCUGGCCAGAGUUCGUGACAAAGUCAUCCGGUUGGAGAUCGCCAACCAGCACCUCGAGGGUUGCAUCUCUGUGGUUCAGGAGACGCUGAAGAAGGCUCACUCCAAAAUCGAGACGUGUAAGAUCAAGACCAAGGAGUACCAGACCCAGGCCGGGAUCGACGGUGACAAGUGCAAGGGGCUCCAAAGCCAGGCGGACAGCCUCGAGGCGGAGCUGAGCAAGGAGAGGUUUGAGAAGCUUGCGUCGGAGAAGAGGGUGAACUACUUGAAGCGCAAGCUUUGGAAGGCGGAGCACGACUUGGCGGAGUUGGAUCCCAAGCAAGGCAAAGUCGACGGCUCCUGCCAAGUCAAUUAUCCAUCGCCGCGGGGAUCGCCAUCGCCUUCCACUCCAAAGUCCGUCAAGUGAUGGCCAACAACACGGAGUUUUUGAGUUUUUGGUUCUCCACACACAAAGCUUUUUUGUAGGCGAUGUUCUUGUUGUACAGGGAAGAGAAAAAUGGAAAUUUAUGAGAGAAAAAAAAACGAUUUUUUGUU